AGAGCCGCUCGACCACCCCGCCCAAAUCUCACGACGAAAACCCUAGCAAUCCCAAUCCCUCUCCAUUCCAUCCCUCUCUUUUCCCCGAUUUCACUCUCUCCUUAUCCCCAUUUCGUUAUCCUUUGAUGUUUCUCUCCCCUUUCUCUUCACCAUUAGCCCUUCGCCACUCUCUCAAUCGAAUCCUAGCACCGUUGUUUGGGUUUCAGGCGAUCUGUCGGUUUCCCUAAUUUGGCUGAUCACAUAUUUGACAACUUUCAAGUCUGUUAAUCUGCAACUGGGAGUCAUGCUAUAUCGUACUCUCCCAAUUUUGUUUCUGCUAAUUAUCAGCUUGGGAUGGUUAGAAAUGAUGAAAGAUUUGCUGCUCGGAUUUGUAAAUCUUCAAUCAUGGGUUGUUUCUGUGAAGAGUUGCUAGCUGCUCAAUAACCAGCGCUCUUUGGCUUUUGCUUUUUUUAUUUUUUUUAUUUUUCUAUUUGUCUAUUUUCCUAAUAUAGGAUAGUGUAACCGGAGGAUUUGUGUUUUGACUUCAUCCCAGUUUUCUAUUGCUUUCUGCAUAGAUAACUAAACAAAUGUCAGAAAGCGCAAUGGCAAUUAUUAAACCUGAGGCUUUGAAAUCAUUUAUUUGGUUGCAAAUGGGUGAUGGGUCCUUGCAGCAAAUAGAAGAGGAGGUUGCCAUGUUCUGCCCCAUGAUUUGUCGAGAGAUUGCUCAAACAGGCAUGGGAUCUUCGAAGAACUAUCCGAUCUCCCUGCCACCAAGAGUAAAUCCAUCCUCCCUUAGUUUGAUCCUAGACUAUUGCAGGUUUCAUCAAGUUCCUGGUCGUUCCAACAAGGAAAGGAAAUCCUUUGAUGAGAAGUUUGUCAAGAUAGACACAAAGCAAUUAUGUGAGCUGACUUCUGCUGCUGACAGCCUCCAGUUGAGGCCUUUGGUUGAUCUCACUAGCCGUGCCCUUGCACGCAUGAUAGAAGGAAAAACUCCUGAGGAGAUACGGGAGACUUUUCAUUUGCCUGAUGACCUCACUGAGGAGGAGAAAUUAGAACCAUUGAAGAAUCCAACUGAUGAUCCACGGAUUCGAUUAUUGAAUCGACUUUAUGCCAAGAAAAGGAAAGAACUGAAGGAGCGUCAAAAGUUGCAGGAUGUGGAAGUUGAAGAGAGGGUGGAUGAUCGUUCAGUUGAUGAUCUUCUAUCUUUCAUAAAUGGUGGUCAUCAGGCUGAUUCAAAAGGUGCAAGAUCUGCCAAGAAUAAAAAGAAGAAUAGGAGGAGGAAAGAUCAGUCAAAUGAUUCUUCCACAGAUGCCACCAAUAAAACUCACAGAAAGGAUGCACCGGAUCAUUCUACCUUAUCCCAUGAGGUUGAUGUCAGCUCAUCCAACAGUCCAAGCAGACACCCAAAAAAACACAAGAAAGUCCUGAAGAUGCUUUGA